AUGGAAGAAUCAACUAGAGCCAAGAUAAUGAGACUCCUAGGAUGGGGGCAGACAGCAAUUCAUAUUGGUUUCAUACCUGCUGUCCUACUUCUAGGCUACCUGAACGCAGAUCCAAAGCCUUCUCUCCUCAGGCUCAUUUCACCUUUAGCUGCAUAA